AAAAGAUAUUCUAUCAAUUUAAGUGGAGAGGAGUGGAGUGUAUCCACAGGAACAAUACCUAAGAGGAGAUGACAUGGGUCUGGUUGAGUAAUAAUAUGUGUGAUGUCCUAUAUAAAAUGGAGAAUUUCAGACCAAAAAGACUGGAUAUUCAGACACCUACAAAAUAUAUGUGAUUAAGACACGUUUUUUUCUGAACCAUUAUUAUUUAUAUUUCGUUUGAAGUUUUGGGGGAUCUGCUUUUGCAGAAGAAGCUGUGUUGUGGUUUUGUCAAGGUGAACUGGGUUAAGUGAGGACAGGUCUGACAAAAUUGAGCAAGGAAAAACAGAAACAGAAACAGGUCCUAGUUAUUUUGUUUGCUUUCUCCUGUGGUGUGAGAGUCUUGCUAUAUUCACACUCACUCCUCUGUCUCGCUCUGCAGGUUUUCAGUGGCCUCAUCAAAUGUGCUAAAUUCCGUUUCCUGUGUUUCAUAACAAUGAGAGCCAAGGCCUAAUGCAGGGCCUUCCUGCCCUCGAACAAAACACUUUUUAUGUCCCCCUGGUAUGACAAUGGGAAUGUUUCGUUUUUCCUACCAAACAUGGGAACCUGUAGAAGAGCCUUUGUUUCCUGGAAUGUGGCCAUUAGGAAAGAGAUGGAGGGAACACAGGAUAUGUGCCCUGCCCUGGGCAAUGCGUUUCAAUGGGGUGGCUGGGGCCAGAGGAGUUGUACGCAGGGAUUUUCUCUGCUAUCUGCAUCACCACUUCCCCUAUUAAAGUGGAUUCUAUGCCAGAGUGGGAUUCCCCACUCGUUUUUUCCGUUACACCUGCACUUGUUUUUUUCUGUUGACAGCAUCAGUCUUACUUGACCCUCAUUGUCGAAUACCGCUCAUAUGCCAGAAUGUAGCUACUGUGUCACUCGACAGUAUGGGAAUCCCACAGCCCUGCAGCCCUGGGUUCAAAUAGUGUUUGUGUUCAUUCAAAUACAAAUACUUGAAGGACAUAUGUGUUACUUUUCAACCUCAUAUUCAUUAACUCCAGCACCAUACCAGUGUCUGGGAAAAUGGCAUGUUUCUAUGUUCAGUGAUUACAAAGAUAAGAUGAAAGGUCCUAAUGAAGGCUUCUCUGUGACAUCACAGUGUAGCGUUAAAAGUUUGUUUUUUUUACGUUGAUUUUUCAAACCUGCAACAAGUUUCUAGCCAGAGGGAAGAUGUUUUCUUGCUCCCCACGUCACCGCGAAUCUCAGUGUUUUUCAAAAUUGUAACUUUUGAUGACGUCAUGGGAUAGAACGUUUUAAAUGUUAGAUUUUUUCUACUAAAUGUAGAAAUGCAUCGUUUUCACACAUGUAGACACUGGUACUGUGAAAAUGGAGAUAAUGAAAAUUAGGUUAAAAAGUGGUUGCCCUUUAAGCUGCACUUGAUUGAGCUUUCAAGGCAAAAGGGGACUGAUGUGGAGAAUUUAAAUUGCAUACUCCUCUCUCUGCCUCCUUCUCAAAACCCAUUUGAGGAGAAGGUUAGGGUGGAGGGAAAUCUGGCUUCCCAUCUAAUGGGUUUUAAGAAGGAGGCAAGGAGAGAGGACAUGAGGAAUAUGCAAUUGAGAUUCUCCCAUGGAAUAGUCCCAAAAGUGCAAACCACACCAAUCUGGCGCUAAAGAAAGGCUCAAUCAAAUGCUCAACCUAUUUGAAAGAAAUCAAAUACUAUUUGAAGCCACUCCACACUUAGCUUACUUAUUAUGGAUUUAUCAGCAAUGAUCUUUUCUUGUAGUUUCUCAAUAGCAUUAGGGACAUAUGAUAGUAAGCUGUCAGUGCACUGAAAUUCCUACAGAGUUGUUUCGUAAUAUAACCAUGGUUUCUCAGUAUGGUAAUGUAGCAAUGGUGCAAUUUCUUCCUCUCCUACUCCACUCACUCAAUCCCCCCUUGAUUCACUUUCUCUUCCUCCUCGAGAGGAGAGCUGAUGUCACAGGGAGGUGGCGGUCUGCCCAUGUCUAUAAGUACAGGCACCACAGAGGGAAUCUCUAUAUGAAGUGGAGCUAACCCAGCUGAGCAGUGCUGACCCAUGCUGAGAAAAGACACUGCAGGAGAACAAAGAAACACUAUCGACUGGUGUACCUUUUUAGUGCGCUCAAACAGAUGAAGGAAUAAGUGAACUGACAGACAGACUUCUCUCCUCUGGACUCAGGUGCAGGUUCUGGACAGUAUAUCAUCACAGACACUAGGUAUCUAGUCUAGAAUUAACAACCUGUAGGACGGAAUCUUUAUCUCUAAUUUAAAUUGUGUAAUCUACACCUUCGGGAUGUUUUCUCUGGUUAGUUUGAGACGGACCGUCUCCACACUGUUCGUUCUCCUCUCCAGUGCUGCUGUCAUGGUGGAGAGUGACUGUCCUACCCAGUGCUCCUGUGGCCCCUCACCGCCAUCGUGCCCAGCGGGCAUUAGUUGGGUGACAGAUGCCUGUGGCUGCUGUAAGGUGUGUGCCAGGCAGUUCAACCAGGACUGCAGCCCCAGCCAGCCCUGUGACCACAUCAAGGGCCUGCACUGCCACCUGGGGGCUGGGGGACACCCAGAGAGAGGCCUGUGCCGAGCGGAGGCCCAGGGCCGGCCCUGUGAGUUCAACGGGCGUGUCUACCAGCAUGGAGAGGACUUCCAGCCCAGCUGCCAGCACCAGUGCAGCUGCAUGGAUGGGGUGGUGGGCUGCAUGCCACUCUGUCCCCAGCAUGUACCCUUGCCCGACUGGCGCUGCUCCCAGCCAAGGCUGGCACGGCCCUGGGGCCGCUGCUGUGAGGAGUGGGUCUGUGAUGACAAAAAUAACAUCAGUGAGGACCCAGAGGAACCUCCACAGGCAGCCCUACCUGACCCACAACCCCUCCCAAACCACAUCAACAACCAGCUCCAGGCCCAAGCCCUGGCCCAGCCACACUAUCAGGCCAGCACUGGAGUCACCUUUAGAGAGUUGGUGUCCCUCCCCAGGUCCCAGGUGUUGCUAAGCGCCAGAUGCCUCCCUCAGACCACUGAUUGGACGGAAUGUUCCACCACGUGCGGGAUGGGCAUCUCAAGCCGGGUGACCAAUAACAACGCAGAGUGUCGGCUGGUCAGAGAGACACGACUCUGUCAGAUCCGCCAAUGUGACCUGCCGCUUACCCCAGCAAUCAAGAGGGUAAAGAAGUGCCAGCGUACAGUGCGGCCCCAGGAGCCAAUCAGGAUCAACUUUGCUGGCUGCUCCACAACACGCCGCCAUCGACCUCACACCUGUGGCUUCUGUGCGGAUGGGCGAUGCUGCACCCCUUCACUGACCCGCACCGUCCGCCUGCGCUUCCAAUGUCCUGACGGAGAGGGCUUCACACGCAACGUCAUGUGGAUCCAGAGCUGCAGCUGCAAGAAGAGCUGCCACAAUCACAGUUCCCCCUCAAGGCCCUCUGUCAGCCUGCACAAUGACAUCCACAACUUCAGGCACUGAGGCAGGCUUAGGAGGAUGCCCAACCCUAGCCUCAACACACUAGACAGGGCUACUGCAUGCUAACCUCUCCCCAUCUUCCACCCACCCUCUGCCCAGGGAUAGCCCUGCCUUUCAGUCCCUUCCUGGACACCAGCCUCUCCCUCCUGCACCAGCGCCAGACUAUGGGAGAGAGAGCCUCGGCUAGGUGGCCAUUCCAUCCAACCAGGCAGAACUAUCGCUUGCACUUUAAGCUUCCUGACACGUUGCCACAAGUUAUCUGAUAUGAGAGAUGUGGAGCAACUGCUCUCCACAUCCAGGUCCAGUGUCCCUUCCCUGUUGAUGACACAGUCACAAAACUGUUCUGGUGGAGGGGGAGGGACAGCACUGAGCACAACAGACUAUGGAUGGCCUGAUGUGACUUUCUUGAUGUAAUUUUGAACUUGUAAAUGAAUCAGUUUGGUUGUCUGCUUUUCCCCCUCAUUAUUUAUAAUUUGUAUUUGUUAACAUUGUCAAGUUCCUCUAUAACCACAGAGGAACAAGGGAAAAGGAAUGUAUAUGUAUGUAUGUGAAAGACAUACAUCACUUUUUGUCAUAAUAGAGAUGUGUAAAUUAGUGAGGCAAUCUCAUACAUUCAUGGGCAAUCUCAUACAUUCAUGAAGUGUUUUGUCUGAUACAUCGAUGGUAGAAAGAGGACAGGAUAUCAUUCUACAAAUUCAUCAAUGAUUGUAAUUAACUGUAUAUUACAUUGUGUAAAGGUCAGUGUUUAUGUGUGUGAGAGAAAAUGAAAGGGCGAGAAACAGAGUGUUUACAUAUGUGUAUUUGUGUCAUAUGACAGAGUAUAGUGUACAGACUUCACUCUUAGUGGAGUGGCAAUUGAUGGAGAUCACCUCAUUUUCCGGGGUGUGUUUUUAUUGCCUCAUAGUAUAGAGACUUGUACUGGAGGGAAGAUUGUAUUUGAUAUAUUUAAGAUUUCUAUAAUGUUUGAAUUCUUAUCAAUAAUACUCUGAAAAAUGUAAUAAAAACAUUCAACAUGU